UAUCAAAACUCAGUGACUGCUUGUUAAAUUUUUCAAACUAGUAGUUUGCUAGCGCAAUCGAGCGAUCGAUCUUCAAUCGGCAGUUGAAAUUUUCAUUCUUUUUGUUUAGUCUUUAUAAAAAUGUGAAGUGGACAACAAAUUAUAUUUUUGAAGUUCCAGUACUCACUCAUACCCCAAUGCGGAUAAUGAGAAUAACAAUUACCACGAGAUCAAUAAACGAUUUUUAAUGAAUUCAGUAGCAACGAGAUGCGGAAAUGUCAAAGAACUUGAUAAAAAAUGACCGUGCUCAAAUGCUAAUGCGUAUUCUCAUCACGAGGUGUAUAAAAUCGCGUAAAAAAUGGCAAAACACCGGAGAAAGUCAAGAGACUUAACAUUAUGGUGUGCAUCAAUUGUCUUCAUCAUUCAAUCGACAUCUCAAGUUCGAGGAGCACCUGGACCUUCUUCGGAAUUUCGUACUUACGCCCGUGUGCAACCACGGGUUUUUCAUCGGAAUAAUCAAAUCACCACUCACACAAAGAUUAACAAUUCUAGCCAUCCGCAAGUGCUGAGAGUCGAUUUGAACAUCGAUGGGGUGUCUCGCACAAUUGAUCUCAGGCUCAAUAUUGAUCUCAUUUCCUCAGGAUAUAGACAGGUUCAUCAACUCGAUGGGCAUUCCAAAACCGAAGUACCUGAAACAGUCGAAUUAUGCCAUUACCACGGAAGUAUCCGCGGCAUCAGGAGUUCGUGGGUGGCAGUGUCGACCUGCCGGGGUCUGCGAGGUGUGAUCUACACCGGAAAAACGUUGCACCACAUCCACCCCGAGGAGGACUCUCUCUCCAGCCUGCACUACCUCUACAGCCACAGUGACUUAAUCUCGAACAAAACCUGCGGAACUCCAGGAGUUGCGCACGACUUCCCUAGAAAAAAACGUGAAGUCCCCUGGGGAUAUCCAAAAGGUCCCUACAACUCGAACCGAGACUCCCGCUACGUCGAGCUAGCCCUCAUCGCCGACACGACGAUCUACAAAAACCUGGACAGAAACCUGAACAACGUUCACCAUCACCUCAUCAACCUGGCCAACAUAAUAAACGCCCUGUACACCCCUCUGAACGUAUUCGUGGCCCUGGUUGGAGUUGAGGUCUGGACGUCUCGAGACGAGAUUGUUAUCACGACCGACAGCCUGCGAACUCUCACAAAUUUUAUGAACUACCGUAAAUCAAAACUCCUGAAUAAAAUUCCAAACGACAACGCACAACUCCUAACAGCCACUCGUUUCCAGGACGGUGUGAUUGGUAAAGCUGGAGUGGGUGCGAUGUGUACCCUCUCAUCAUCAGGAGGAGUAAUCCGAGAUCAUUCAGAUAUCGUGGGUGUAGUUGCAGCCACAAUCGCUCACGAGAUGGGCCAUAACUUCGGAAUGCACCACGACGCCAAUUACUGCAACUGCCCCGAUGAGGAUUGCAUAAUGGUGUCGACGUUGACCUCUUCCACUCCGACCCACUGGUCGAGCUGCUCCCUCGAGCAAAUCUCCGCUUCCUUCUCCCAAGGAUUGGAUUACUGCCUCCGUAAUCGACCGAAGAGCCUCUUCGGUGGUUCAACAUGUGGCAACGGUUUCGUCGAGCCCGGAGAAGACUGCGACUGCGGUUCAAAAGACAACUGCCACAUCUCCUGCUGCAAUCCCAACACCUGCACAUUCCGAGGAAACGCCAGCUGCGCAACUGGUGAAUGCUGUGACCUGUCAACCUGUCAAUUGAAAAGAGCAGGAGUCACCUGCAGAAUCGCUGAAAGGGAAUGCGAUCUCCCUGAGUUCUGCACAGGUACCAGUGAAUACUGCCCAGAGGAUAUUUACAAGAUCAAUGGCCUUGUCUGCCGAGGAGGCACAGCAUUCUGCUACGAGGGGCUCUGCAAGAGCCACGGGGACCAGUGUAGGAUACUCUGGGGCCUCAGUGGCUCAUCAUCACCUCGAGUCUGCUAUCAGCAGAACACAAAGGGCUCUGAAUAUGGAGACUGCGGAUACAAUCCUCUGGAUUCAACUUAUUCGCCAUGCGAGGAGGUGGAUAUUCUCUGUGGAAGACUUCAUUGUCAGCCUCCGGAUGGCAUCAGGUUCCAAUUCGGAGCCGAUGGUGAUGUCACUGUUAGACAUGCUUACGUAAAUAGUGGCAACACUUUUGCUUCGUGCAAAACAGCUGUUGUUGACAUGGGGACGAGAGAUGUUGAUCCUGGAUUGGUUCCCAAUGGGGCUAGAUGCGCUGAGGGAAAGGUCUGCGUUGAUCAGAGGUGCAUCAGCGCCGAGAGACUACUCGGGAGGGUCGACAGGAGUUCUUCGUGCCUGAAGAAUUGCAGUGGAAAUGGAAUUUGUAAUAGCAUUGGCAAGUGUCACUGCGAUGAGGGCUUCGCACCCCCUGAUUGCAGGCGGGGAGGCACUGGAGGAUCCGAAGACAGCGGGCCCGUUGGACCCUCCGGUGAUGGAGAAACUGAUGGUCUAGCAAUCGCUCUCUACCUCAUCUUCCUGGGGAUUAUUCCCGUGGUUGUUGUUUUUGUGCUCUGCUAUCGGUG